AUGUUUACUUGGAAAUCUGCUGCUGUGUUAGGUGCCACAGCUGUUGGACUGGUAGUCUAUUUUAGACAAGAGAAAGAAAAAUUACGACUCAUGCGUGAAAAGCGAGAAAGAGAAAAGAUCAAAAGCUUUGGUCGACCGAAUAUUGGCAGUCCUUUUAAACUUUAUAAUGUCAAUGAAGAUAGAGUAACUAGCUCAGAUGAUUUCAAAGGACGUUAUUACAUAGUCUAUUUUGGAUUUACACACUGCCCAGAUAUUUGCCCUGAAGAAUUGGAUAAGAUGGCUGAAGUAACAGACAAGAUCAAGCAAGAGAUAGGAGAGGACGUACUUGUACCUGUAUUCAUCACAUGUGAUCCAUUACGAGAUACAGCUGAAGCUGUCAAAGAGUACGUCAAGGACUUUCAUCCAGACCUGAUUGGAUUUACAGGCGAUAAAGAUGAAUUGAAAAGAGUAGCAAGAUCAUUUAGAGUAUAUUCAUACACACCACCUAAUGCAAAGCCAGAGGAUGAUUAUCUCGUCGAUCACUCCAUCUUUCUCUAUUUGAUGGAUCCAGAAGGCAAAUUUGUAGAUUGUUAUGCAAGAGAUACUACAUCUGAGGAAGUGUUUAAUAGCUUUAAAUAUUAUUUAGAAGAAUAUGUCAAUCAAGGAGGUAAACUAUCGAAUUAUCCACAAAAAUAA